AUGACUUCAUUCACCGACAACCUCCUCCCGGUCUACAUCAUAGGAGAAACAAUACGCGCAAAUUACGCAUAUUUUGCCCUUCAUACAGCUCCUCAAAUCACUCCAUCAUUGAUUGCUCUUCUUUCCGAAACCUUAAAACUUGCCAUCGCAGCGAUCAUUAUCAACCAUUCAGAUGAAGGACUUGCUUCUAUACAGAAGAAGUUCAACAAGAAUGGUUUCAAGGAAAUUUUACCAUAUGGCGUCCCGGCUGCGUUUUAUCUCACAAAUAACCUGAUAUAUUUCACGGCUCUACCAUCCACAUCACCGAGUCUUCUUCAAGUCUGUAUGCUUGCGAAAAUCCCAGCCACCGCAAUUCUACAUCAUCUUUGGAUUAGAAAGCAAGGCAAUAGUCGAUCAUGGAUAUCUCUUGGGUUUCUUUGCUUCGGACUUCUUCUGUUCAACAUUCCCUCAGGCGAUAAUAAAAAAGGCUGGCUUGUGGCUCCUAUGGCAGGGUUGGUGAUAGCUGUGUUUUCUGCAAUUGCUAGCAUUGCUAGUGAGUCUCUCACCAAAAGUGGAUCUUUUUGGGAGUCGCAACUAUGGCUUUACCUCUGGGGAGUUUUCUUCUCUAUCGUAUCAUACCCUAUUGCUACCAGGAUGACCACUGAGCGCGGUACGAAUCCAAACAUUUCAAUGACAUCUACCAUAACGAUUGCGAUAUAUUUCUCAUGUCUGACCUCUGGUGUUGGUUUAAUUGUGGCUGCUAUGCUCAGGAAAAAGGAUAACCUCAUGAAGUUGGUUGGGACCUCCAUCAGUUUGCUCACCACAGCAGCAACUCAGUACGCUACAUUUCCAGAAUUGAGAUCACCAGGGUUCACGACAUGGAAAAUAACAGGCGGCUUGGUAGUCAUGAUUUCAACUGUCUUCUAUAAUUAUUCUAAGGAUACGUCUUCUGAACAUGCAAAUUUGCUCGGCCAGCUGCUUCCAAACUCAAACGAGGACAUGCACGAUGGCGAAUUCUCAGAACCUGAAAACCCGGUUACUGCAUCGACUGUAACAAAGUUAUUCUCGUGGGUUCCUUCUGCUCGUCCAAGGUCCUCGUCCGCAUCGUAUGGAUUGGUAGAAAUGAGGGAUGUGGAAACUGAAGACGGCCCAACAUCUACCGAGAAAGAUGGAACUUAA